AUGUCGGGACUAAAUGUGUCUGUUGGAUAUUUCUUGGUAGCAUUUGCCCUCAGUCAAGUUGCUCAUCCUUUGCUGAACUCCUUCAACCUUGGAAAUCUUCACAAUGAGCUCCUGGCAUCCUUUUUGCUGGUGGCUUGUUGGUUAGAGCUGCAGAUUUUGCUCGAGCUGGGUCCAUGGGCAGGUGGUUUUGGCCUUGAUGUUUCCCUCACCUUGCUUUUCCUGAUUCUAGUGAUUCAAGGUCUUAGUAGCCGUGGAGCAUCUGGAAAUCCAUCCAUAACAAUGCAGAGUUUUCUUCUCUCUAAAAUCUCUUUUCUUACUGCCUUUGGUAGUAUGGUUGCACAUUUUUUAGGGGCUAUGUUUGCCAAACUCCUAGCCAAAUACUACUGGUCUCUGGAACUGAUUGACAUGCAUAUGUUUCACAAUAUGAUGGCACAAGAAUGUAGCUCGACACUGCGUGUUUCUGUCCUGCAAGGAGCCUUCACAGAAGGGAUAUGCAUGCUCAUCCUCCAUCUGCUUGCCAUGCGAACUGAGGAGCUCUCUGCCCUUCUUCAGGUGACAAUCUUUGCUGCGACCAACACAUUACUAACCUGCAUGGCUAACAGUUACACUCUUGGCCUCUUCAAUCCUGUCUUGGCAUUUGCAUUGACCUUCCACUGUGCAGGGUACAGCUUUCUGGAAUAUGCAACAGUUUAUUGGCUGAGCCCGACUGCAGGUAUGAUUGUGGCAGUGUUUCUCCACCAUGGUCACAUUCCGUUGCUUUCAAGUAAGAACUGUCUCUUUUCCCAGAAAUCCCGAUAUCGAAUACCAAAGCAGAAAAAUCUUCCAAUCCUAAAGAGAGCUGCUUCUUUAAUUUGGGGGAAAAGGAUUGUGAUCCAGAAGAAUGGAGGCAGGAAUGCGAAUGAGUGAUUCAACGGAACAAUUCUUACAUAUAUGGCGCCGUCUGCAACUGCCCCCCUUGAGGGAUGCUCACAAGCUGGAAAGCAUGUUAUGUCUUUUUUUUUUAAAUCCUGAAGCUAUUUAACAGAACCAAGAGUAAUUAUUCAAAUGAUUCAUUCCAUUAAAAUUGUGUAGAAGAUUUUUUAAAGGCAUUGUUUAAUACCAUAUUUACUCUAAAAGCUACCCACUCAGUUAGAAACUCAUCUUUGCCACAGUCAUUACUGGGAGACUCCAAGAGAUGUAACCACAACACAGAUGGGAAGGAGAUGUGAUAAAUGGUUGGCCAGUUUUUAUUUGCAAUUCAAUGAAUUUUCAUCUCCACUGUCAAUCACAAGCUCUUUAAAGGGGAAGUUCAGAACUUUAGAUAUGCUGGAUGGCCUUCUAUAACACUUUUUAUAGCAGUUGUCUGAACAAAAAAUACUCUUGCUUCUCACAAACACCUAACCAAUAUCAUAACCCUUCAUACAUACAUUAUAAACACAAAUGCUCAUUCCAUAUGAGGUCAUAUCCUUUAUCAUUUAAGUAUCAAUGUGAUUUCUUUUUUACUCUUUGAUUAUUUUAGUUGUUUAAACCUCAGUCCACAUCCCAGUGAUGCUUUUUCAGGUCAACUGGUGACCUUUAAAUCUGCCACAUCUGAAUUUCAGCGUGCUUCGAUACGGGAAUGGACUCUACAAGGGACUGGUGUUGUCUCUUCUUUCUUCUGUCAGAGACCUCUGGUAUAGGCUAUGCCCCCUAUGACUGGCUCUGAAUUUAAUUAAGCAGAUAUCAGAAAAUUAUAAGAAAAAACUAGGUUUAAAAAAAAAGUUACAGUUGGCUGUAAAUUAUAUUGGCAAUAUCAAGCAGAAGACAGGAAUCAAAGCUGCAGUACAUGCGAUGUCAGGCAAAUGGUUGGCAUGAUAACACACACGCCAAUGCCUGACCAAGACACUAAUUAGCCUGUCAUCUUUCAAACGGGAGGGUAUCAGUAGAAAGCCUACACUGACCCACGGAAAACAUGCAAACUCCUUAUAAACCUGCCAGAGCUACAAAGCAGCAGCCCAAACCACUGCAAACCUGCACCAUGUUUGAUUUUCUUAAACCUCCCAUAUCGAUUUAGGGUUAUGGUGUGCCGUAGCCUGUCUAAGCAGAAUGCGGCAUAAGGGAGGAACGAACCCACGCUUGCUCAUUGAAGGUCACCAGUUAUCCUUACUUGAACUUCUUUAAGAUGAAAACCAAAGCACCCUGAGAAAUACGUAUGGCAGCACAACAGGACUAGCAAGCUCUGAACAUGACAGUGAGUAGACUAGACUUUGAGCCUCGUUUCUUGGAGUGCACUAACAAACAUACAGCUAUUUUGUCAGGUGAAGGACAUUUUUAAAAAUAUAAUACUGACUAUAUGUCAAGGGUAUGAAUUUUUACAGCCUAAGGUUUUACAAGGUAAACAAGUUAUUGAAAA